AUGUGUCAAGUUUCGGCACCGGAAUCCACAACUAUCGAAUACUGUUGCUUUUAUAAACUUCUUCAUAAGGACAAAUCUAUCUAUCUAUCUAUCUAUCUAUCUAUCUAUCUAUCUAUCUAUCUUAUUCUAUUCAUAACUAUCUUUCAAUAUCUAUCUAUCUAUCUAAAUCUAUCUAUCUAUCUUCUAUCUAUAAAUCUAUCUAUCUAUCUUCAUUCUCAUUUUCUUCUAUCUUUCUAUCUAUCUAUCUAUCUCCUUUGGUUUAUCUAUCUAUCUUUCAUUCUUUCUAUCCAUAAUCUAUCUAUCUAUUUAAACAUCUUCUCAGUCUGUUUUAUCAUAUAUCAUAUCUAUCUAUCUAUCUCAGUCUUUAUUUUCUAUUUCAUAUCUAUCUAUCUGUUAUUUAUCUAUCUAUCUAUUAUUGAUCCGCAGACAAAUUUAUUUUUUCUAUAUCAUUUUUCUUCAUCUUUCUAUGUAUUUCUUUUCUUACAUUCUUCCGAUUGUUCUUUUUUCAUUCAUCCAUUCAUCCGCAGACACUAUAUUUCUGAUUCUUAA